ACUGUAAACCGGUCGGCCCCUGUAAACAAACAGAUCACGUGCAGUAGUUAGGAAGAAGUGCAUUUAUGACAUUUAUCAAUCUCUGGAUAAAAACCGGGGAUGCAUGAACAAGUUGCUGUUUGCAGAACCUAAAAAGGACAAAAUCUAGCCAGUGAACUGUUCCUGACAAUUCAGUAUGGGCUCAAUUAUAACCAGGAAAUCAGAAGAGACCAAGUCUUCAACAGCGGGCCAUGGAGGAGAGGGACCAAAUAUAUCUUCAAGGUCUGCGCCACAUGGGACCAACAAAAAGGAACCUGAUCUUGAAUCUGACAAAAUCAGCAGCCAAGAACAAGUAGCAGGGUGUUGGGAAGAAAUUGAUAGACAAUGUGAAAGACUUGAAAAGAAGUGCUACUGUCCUUCAGCAGAUCAGACACUACAAAGUGAUGUCACAGGCUGGAAAACUGCUAGAAUAUUUGUAUCGUCCACAUUUAGAGAUUUCCAUUCAGAAAGGGAGGUUCUGGUGAAAAAGGUCUUUCCUGAGCUACGUGAAUGGUGUGAAGAACGGAAAAUCCAUCUGGUGGAGUGUGAUUUACGCUGGGGUAUCCCCAGUGAUUCAACAACUGCUGCCACCAUUGCCACGUGUUUAGAGGAGCUGGACAGGUGUCACAGUGAAACUGAAGGGAAACCUUUCUUUCUUAAUCUAUUGGGAGAAAGAUAUGGAUGGAUCCCAUCAUUGUCAGAUGUGCCAGAGGCUGUCCAGGAGAAGUACCUGUGGGUGCCCAAUACCUCCAUCACAUGUAUGGAAGUGUUAUAUGGAGGAUACAGAACAAAAAAUCUCAAUGCUGCCUUUUUCAUCAGAGAAAAAGAUUUUUUAGCAGAUUUGCCUGAACAGUGUGCAGAUGCAUAUUAUGAGAAGGGUGUGCUACCCCGAGAACAUCUGAAGGUGCUGAAAGAAAAUCUGAAUAAAAGAUUCCCAAAUCAAACAUUCCAUUAUUCAUGUGAAGUCAGUUUGGAGAAUGAACAUGGAACACGUCCAAAGGCUAAACUUACUGGUCUGGAGGAUUUUGCUACUCAAGUUUUAUAUUUCUACAAAAAUGCCAUAGAGAAAACAUUCCCUAACCAAAGAGAUAUCAAAACAUUACCCAGUGAUGAAUAUGAGGAUGCAAUGCAAAAGAAAUAUGUAGAACAGAAGUCAGAGGGAUUAAUUGGAAGAGAGGAAGAGGUACAGGUGCUGCUGGCUUAUGCCAAAGGGGGCCCCUACCCAGCAGACAAUACUUGUGGUGAUUUUGAAAAUCCCAAAGAUGAAGAAAGUAAAAGUGGUAUUGAAGGUCAAUCAUCAGAUACAGAAACACCAAUAUUAUGUAUUUGCUCACAGGCAGGGUGUGGAAAAACAUCACUUAUGGCUGGACUGGUACAAAAAGCCUCUGAGGAAGGGUUGAAUGUGUUCUACCAUUUUGUUGGCAGCAGUCCCUAUAGCAAUGACCAUGCACUUUUAUUAUACAGGCUGAUAUGUAAACUUGAGCCUGACAAAGAAAGUAUGGAUAAAAUAAAAGGCAUGAAGGAAAAUGAGACAGCCCUUGUAAAGCAUUUUGAAGACUUGCUGUUGAAGCUCACAAACAGUGAGCAACCACCACUGCUAAUUGUUAUUGAUGGUUUGGAUGAGUUUUCACAUGGACUCGACUGGCUGCCUGCUAGCUUUCCCUCAAAGAUACGCUGUAUUUUAGCUACAAGACGAGAAAAUCUGCCAACCAUUGCAAGGUUAAAGGCAUUGAGACCAAAGUGGUGGCUUUUGCCUGGGCUAACAGAAAAUGCAAAAAGCAGUUAUGUAGAGCAAUACUUGAAAAGAUACAGCAAGGUUUUAGACAGCACACAAAUGAAACUGUUACUGGCAAACCCUCUAGCCAACUGUCCCUUGUGGCUCACAAUUGCUUGUGAAGAGUUACGAGUCUUUGGAAACUUUAAAAAAAUAACCACUAAAAUUCAGAAAUUUCCAGAUUCUUUGAGUGGUUUACUGAAGCAGGUGAUCACCAGACUGGUGGAGGAAGAUGAAACCAACUGUAUGAAAAAGUUUUUAUGUCUGAUGAAAGUCUCUGGUACUGGUCUACCUGAAUAUGCACUGUUGAGUCUGUUGGGCAAUGCAGCCCAUGGGCAGCCAAUACCUCUUAUGGUGUGGGCUAAUGUGAGAAGACAGCUCAAACCAUUUCUGCGAUGUGUAUCAUGUAACAGUGCUGUGGAGAGGGUGGUGUUUUUCCACAAGACUUUUUGCGAGGCUGUGCAAGAGCAGCUGAUCACCAGUGAAAAAGAUGCAGCAUACUGGCACCUGUACCUGGCUGAUUAUUAUGAAAACUUUAGUGGGCAACCUGAAAUGCACACCAUAGAAAUAGCAAAACAUUAUUCAAAAGCUGAAGCUGAGGACAAGCUAAUUGCGUUCUUUCAAAAUGCAAGACAUAACUCACAGUUGACCCAUGUGCGGCGCAUGUAUUUACCAAGAUACUUGUGCAGAUUGCCAGUACCUGGUGAAACAGGAGUCAAAGUGGAGAUGUGUAUUUUUUGUUCUUCUAAAAUGGGUCUGUCUUAUUUCGGGCAGCGAAAAGAUGCAUGCUUUAUCUGUGGACAAUUUGCCCCAAUGUAUAAACAAGGAGUUUUGUGCCAGAAACAUGGUUUUCCUCUUAAGCAGCCAAAUAAGAAGUGUUAUUUGUGCAAUGGAGUUCUGCUAGAGGGAAAAACCAACCCGGUCAAAAUUUGCAAUUUUUGUCCAGUAACCGCCAAUACAUGUAUUGCAUUAAAACGUGUUUGACCAAACUGUAUACAAGUAACUUCUCUUGGACAAGUGUAAUGUGAUCAAGGCUCUUUGGUGAAGAUCCAAAUUACAUGCCUUACGGGUAAACAAAUGUUGUCUUUUUAGAAACAAUUAACUUUUUUAUCGAUGUGAUUGCUUGCAAAAUUUUCACUGUGAUUUUGCACUUAAU